UUUUAUAAAGUAUUCAGUUAUGAACAGGAAUAAAAGUUUUGUCACAAAUAAAUAAGUAAAAACUAAUUUUAAAAAUAAAUUUACCUGUGUGGUUAUUAUAGCACACAGGCAAUAAAAAUCCCACCUCUGUCAUUAUGUAAAUAUUGUUAAAUUCGGAACUAAACAAUAAUGGGUGAUUUUGAAAUAAACGAGGCUUUGGCCUCGUUAGAGAUGUUGAUGUCGGAGUUCUUUGCUCCAACCACAAAUAAUUUCAGAAAAAGAGAAAUCGAAAAUAUGCUUGAAAACUUUUCCAAUGCAAGAGAUUCAUGGAAACAUUGUUUGUUAUUUCUUCAAAAAUCUCAAAAUCAGUAUGUUUUGAUGUUUAUUUUGACAACAUUGGAAAAAAUAAUAAAUAGGCAAUGGAUUAGAUUGUCAGAUGAUGAAAAAACAGAAGUUAGAUUAACUUUAAUGAAUGAGCUUAUGAACAAACAUGAAGUGAUGUACUUUAUAAGAAAUAAAUUAGCGGCUCUUCUUGUCUCUAUAGCCCGCUACGACUGGCCUCACUUGUAUCCGGAUUUCUUCACAAAUAUUGUUGAGUUAUUAAAAUGUGAUGGUCGUCAAUGCAUAGUUGGCUUGGUGUUAGCUCAAGCAGCAAGUGAAGAGUUGGGUGCAGCUCGUGAUACUGGAGUGUUGUUGCCCUCUGCACGAAAGAGUCAACUAGAAAGACUCAUGCUGAAGGGCAUGCCUCAAAUGCUAUCAGCAUUAAGUGCUAUACUGGAAAAGAAUGCUCAAAAAGAAGGUCAGUCGAAUCCCCCACCAUCACCUACUAGUGGCUUACCACAAACAUCGGCACUACCUGAUUUAUUAGCAAAUGCUCACGAUGUACAUUCAGUAGAUAAAGCAAUGAAUAUGGAAAUAGUUGUGAAAUGUCUAACUACACUACAGCAUUUAUUUUCAUGGUUGCCACUGUCUUCUCACGUACCUCCUUCACUUGUUACUACGGUGUUCUAUUGGGGCAGUAUAGCAACACAAUCACAGAGCACGGAGGCGGCGCUGGCGGGGCUGGGCGGCGUGUGCGAGCUGCUGUACCGGCGGUACGCGCCGCCGUCGUCGGCCGCCACGGCCCUGCGCCUGCAGCACUGCGCGCUGCGCCUGCUGCGACACCUGCACCACGCGCACCACAUGAUGCGCGCGCACCCCGAUUAUCUGAACAAGUUAGCCGAGUUCCUAAAAUUAUUUGUGUCCCUGCAUUUUAAGAGGCUGGAGGCCGAGCCUGAGUUUGAUGCUAUAGAAUUUUUAUCAUAUUUAUUCCAAUACACAUUCCAGGUUCCGACAUGCGCAACAUUUGUAAGCUGCUUAGAUAUAUGGAUACAAUUUAUAGACGUAUUAAAACCAGAAGACACUCCAAAAUAUUGGGAGGCACUUCAAGCUUUAGUGAUUGGUAUCUUAAAUAAAAUACAAUUCCAGCACAAUAAAGCACAGCUACAGCACCUCGACAAUGACGUGUGUGAUGAUGAUGGAGAAACCGAAUGGCAGACAUUCCUUAAACAUUGUAUAGAAUGCAUCGCCCGAGUAGCGGAUCUGGCACCACUGGAAGUGUUCACAGCUGUGAUGGAGCGCUGGCAGUGCCUGGCGGACGUGCACGCGCGCGCGGCGGGGCGGGGCGGCGCGGGCGGGGAGGCCGAGCGCCUCCUGGCCGCGCUGCUCGACCUCGCCACGCUCACGCGUCUUCUGGGUCGUCUGGCGCCCGCUCUGCUCGCCGAGCCCGAGAGCGGCGCGGCGGGCGGCGGGGCGGGCGGCGCGACGCGCGCGCAGUCCGCGGGCGCGGCGCUGGUGGAGCGCUGCGCGAGCGCGCUGGCGGGCGCGGCUCUAACGCGGCCGCACCGCGCUCACCCCUCGCCGGCGCUCGCGCGUGCUCACGUCAUACUGCACGCGGAGAUGUUUGCGUGCAUGGGCGCGUGGUGCUGCUACGCGGGCGAGGUGCGCGCGGCGCCGCCCACCAUGCAGGGGCUGCUGGCCAGCGCGCUGCCCUUCCUCGUGCCGCACGACGCGCCGGAGCCACCUCUGCUGUGUCACGCGGCGGCUCAUCUGCUGCUCAGUCUGUCGAAAAACGUCAAGUUCGCAAACGAUCCGAUGGUCAUGCUGAGCGAUUUAUACAAUCACGCGCAACGAUCUCUGCACUACUUGGAGCCGAAGACCGCCGGCGUGGUGCGAGAGGCGCUUGUGUCGCUGGCGUUGGCGCGCGGCGCGACCGGUAGCGCAGCCGGCACGGUGGGUGGCCAGGACGCAGCGCGCGCGUUGCUGGCCUCCUGGUCGGCAGCGCUGCCGGUGGCCGGGCCCGCCGCCGCCCUGCCACCGCUAACUGCACUACUCCACGCAUUCGCCUCGGCGCCGACUGCAGCUAAAAAAAUAAUAGCAGAGGGCGUGUCUUCGGCGGCGGAGAGCUCACUGAGGAUGCUGUGCGAGCCGGCCUACGCCACUGCGGAGACCGAAAUCACAGAUUUCUUUCUGGCGCUCUUUACGGCGCUGCUGCCGCAACUCGGGGCGUUCGCGUACACCGCCAUCGAUGUGUUUCUCGAGGUGGCGCAGAGGGACUCCGGUGACAGCUCGGGCAGUCUGGAGCGCCUGGUGGAGUGCGUCCGGCUGGGCGUGGAGGCGGGCGGCGGCGGCGUGCGCGUGCGCGCGGUGCUGCAGCUGCUGCACUCGCACGUGCUGCCGCGCGCCGACGCCGCGCCCGCGCUGGCCCGCGCCGCGCACCGCCUGCUCGCCAGCGUGCUCACCCACCGCUGGCGCUACUUCUUCCCGCACUCGUGCGAGGGCGAGGAGGGCGCGCGGCGCGCGGCCGAGCUGCGCGGCGCGCUGGCGGCGGUGGGGCGCGCGCUGCUCGCGCACGACAUCGAGCUGCUGCGCGGCGCGCUCGCCACCAUCGACACGCUCAACGCCAAGUGGAAACUCUAUCACAAGGCAAUAUUCCGCAGCGAGUUCAUGUGCGAGUUCCUGUCGGUGCUGCUGUCGGGUUUGGCGGAGGGCGGCGCUCGAGCGCUGCUGCGCGACGAGGCGCUGGGAGCCGUGCACGCGAUGGCGGCCGUGGAUUUUGCCGUCUUCCGCCACGCCUUUCUGCCGCAUUUCUUGCAGUCGCUGCCCGGCCUCGACCCGCAGCGACUCGAGGAGUUCCCGCCCGAUACGGAUCUUCCGACGUUCACUCAAAACAUCCUGCGAUUGAUGAAUGACGUUAACUGCUAUCGAGCAUAUCAGUCUCUUACGUGUAAUGAAAUGGGUCUAUAGUGAAGGUCAAUACGUCUCACUGAAUAUUGGUGCUCUGAUACAGACAGACAUGGGCAAAAUGUAAUCAUCAAUCACGAUUACAGUAUAACGAAAAUGAACAAAAAGUAAAGUGACUUUGUCAAAUGCCUAAGAACAUCCCUGUGCGAUCCAUGCAGAAUGAACUUAAUUUGUAAUCGUGAUUGAUUGUUACACAUUGUAAUAGUGAUCGUUAAUGAUUAAUUUGAUUACAUUUUGCCCAAGUUUGGAUACAGGCCAUUGGUACUUUAGAAACCGCUAUUAUACAAAAAAUCUCAAUACCCAUUUCAUAAUUGCAGCCUCGUAAUGACUUUUAUAUAUUUUUUUAAAGCAAUUGAUACUUUUGCGUACAUUACAUUAGGUGCAUUUACAGCUUCGUUUAACUGUUGUAAAAGGUUAUGAAUAUUAGUUAGAUUUAGUUUAUAAAUCUAAUAGAAGACGAAUUUAUUAUUUCAGACAAAUUUAUGUUAUUUUUAAUUAACUAGUCAUAGAAGACGAAUAAUAGACACUGCUUAAUUUUAGUAGUAUAUAUUAAUUUUAUUUCUAAAUAUUUUUCGUAAUUUUUGACAGUAAAAUGACAGUUCUUGAAAGGUCAAUGAAGCGCUCGAUCUUCUAACAGAAUGUUCAUUUUAACUAAUUUUUUUAAAGCUAACCAUAACAUUUUACGUUUUCAAAAUUUGUGACUAAAAUAGUUAUAGUCAUGGCUUAUUAUUAAAUUAAAAUGUUUUUUCAUUUUCUUUUAAUAAAGCAAGUUAUAAUGAUCAUACUCCAUUGAUACACUUAUCAUAUUUAUAGAAUAAAAUGUUUGUUUGUUUAGAUUAAGGAAAAUCCAAUUAUGAGGUUAUAUUAACAGUUGAAUGGUCAUUCUGGUAGUAUGAUUUUUAAUGAUAUAUUUUAAAAGCAAUAUUUAAAAAACUUACGAUGAUUAAAUAACAGGUAUAAAAUUGUAUGUAAUUUGAAUAAUUACGAUGAGUGUGCUUUUGUAGAAGGGCUCAUUAUAAUUAAUUAAUAUUUGUAAACAAGUGUGAAGUGUUUUGAUACUAUUUUUAAGAAGUUAUGUUUUAAAUGACUUAAUUGUACCCGUGGAAAAUCGGGCUAGUCGCUAGUUUAAUAUUUUUUAGAUAUUUCAAAAGUUAGAACUUUCACUGCCAAGCUCAUUUACUAAAACUGGUUCUGAAUACGUGUAAUACGAAUGCACAUUUUCGAGUCAAUUAUCGACGCAAUUAUCGAUUAACUAUGGGGGGUUCGAAACCGGAUUCACGUCCCAGCGUCCCAUGUUAUUAAGAAAUGUAUUUAUGACGUAACUAUAUUGUCUUUUGUUUAACUGAUUAAUUCGCAAUGCUGAACUGGCUGAAUAUUUAAUAAAUUCACGAUUGUAAAAUUGUAAAAAAAAUCUACAAAAUUUUUGAUAGAGGUCCGGCGAAAAGAGCAAAUAAUAGGGCUGACAGAAGUGCAAAUAAUUUUUGUUAGUAGAAUACAAGUCAAUAUUUUAUUUUUAUUUAUUGUUUUUGUGUAUGUACUACCCAAUUAUUCUGUUUUGCGCACGAAAUAAAUUAAUAAAAAUAAAUUAAAAUUAUAGUUUGUUUGCUUGUUAUAAUCGCAUUUAUAACUACGAUAUAUUAAAUACGUUUCUGUUCGGAUUAGGUGUAUCCUAGAAUCGGCAUCGGCAGUGAAAUUAUUAGAGAACACGGGACCAAGUUUAUUUAAUAACCUUUAGCCCUGCUUUGGUGUUUCUAUAAGAAUUAAGAGUCCCAGACAUGUGAAUAAGGCGAAUUGAACGAAUUUGUUAUUAUAUUGAAGCCUGUAAUGUAACAUUUGAUAUAUGUUUUAUAUAUUCAUAUUAUAAAGGGUGCAGUAACCGUUUAUUAUUAUUUGUUAGUUUUAUGAGUUCACUAUUUACUGUACAAAAGUUAAAUGUAAAUGGUCCAAGCAAUAAAGAUAAGGUUCC